AUGACCCCGCCGACACCUAGCAAAUACAAUCUUAGUAAGAAAAAGGCGGCUAGCGUGGUCGCCCACGCACCUUUCUAUAAAUUCCCCUCACCUGCUGCUUGCUCACUUUCCACCACCCUACCGCUCUCUUGUCCGACCGCAAUCCCAGCCAUCUUCGCAAGUGCCCGGGGUCCAUCAUACCUACCGCCAAACAUGGACUUCGGCGACCCGGACGAUCCUGUGCUCGAUAUUGAGUUCGAUUUUUUCCGUUUGGAUAGUAACAGCAUAACCCGCAACGCCGAUAUGAACGGCGACGGAUCUCACAUUUCCACAAAGGAGCAUCUGCAGCGCGUUUUGGGUAACGAGUGGCCUGCUCAUCUCAACCACGCACAGCUCGCUGCAUUCAAGAAUCGCGUGGAUAAUGCGCCAGCCUUGAUGUAUACCCUCAGCGAAGAUGAAUGGUCACUCUACUCUGAGCUUGUUCGGUCCAUUCAACGCCAGCCACCGCCUACCCAGAACACCGGAUCAGGCAAACGCAAGCGACGCAAGAUAUAUCCACGCCCGUUCGCGAAUCUGGGGAUUGAUGGUAUCGUGCCUGGUCCCCGUCGCCCGGGAUAUCACCCGACUUUGAGCGAGGUGCUUCGCGAGGAGCGCCCUGCGCUAUUCAUCACGGCUGUGGUAUUCCUCUUGGUUCUCUACUUUACAGUGAAAUACUUCCCUUAUGAUUAG